UGCAGCGAUACUUCAGUUGAUCGCGGAUAGGUCCCAUGAUCUGGUGCCAUGGCCCUUGAUCAUGUCAGAGGAGCCUCCACCUCUCCCACCUCCGUUGCAGCCUCCUCCUCCUGAGGAGCCUGUGGCGACCUCCUUUGCCAGCGCUCCUUCACGGCCUGCAGCAUUUCUGGUGCAGAAUGCCUUGCGGCCGGAGUGCAGCGUGGAUUUUCCACAGAUCACAGAGAUCUGCGAGAGGUUGGAGAUGCAGCCCUCCGAGCUCAAAGAUGCAGUAGCCGUGUUGGCUGCAGCCCUUCGUGAGCAGAGGCAUCCGCUGAGAGUCAAGUUAAAAGCCUUGACCAUUGCGAAUGAGAUGCUUUACAACCCCCGUGCCGUCCAAGAGUUUGGAGGCGUCGAUGGCUUGCGCGAAGCGCUAGAGGUGCUUCGACAAGUUCGGGGUGGAGAGUUGGGGCCUGCUAUGGAUGAAAACGUCCGAAUGCUGGCGACAGAGAUUGAAGUGAAGUGCUUUCACGAGAAGCUGCCGCCCAGUGGCACUGGCAAUGGCUGGACGUCCUUCACCAAGGCCAUGAGCUCCGACUUUGAGAAGGCUCGUAAGGUGGCGAAAAAGAACUUCCAGCAUUUCUCGCAGAAAGCUGAGAAACACAUGGAAAAAGCUGAACGUGUCUUUGAAAGGGGGGCGACCAAGUUUAUGCAGGAGGCGGAAAAUCUGCUGGUGGGUCCUGGAACUUCGGCUGAUGAUGGAGCCUCCAGAGGUCAAAGGCCUUCGCUAACUCAGGAAGAGGAGGAAUUGCAGUGGGCCCUACGUGCCUCAUUGGAGGAAGCUCAAAGGUCCAGAAGGAAUGAGAGCGAAGGCCGUGCUCGAAAGCGAGAGGCCCGAACAGAUCAAACAGAUACCAAGAUUGAGGACUUGCCACAGAAAGUCUUAGAAGCUCAAGGGCGCGCCAAGGCGACCGAAGAGCUGCUGAAUCGGCAGCUGGCCAUGCAGGCGAAGAAGUCCAAGGAGCGCUCGGAGCUCAACGCCAAGAACGAGGAGUUGAGUGCAUUGGCAGGGCGUUUGGCAGAAGAGCUCUACGAGGCUGAAGCCACACUGCUGAAGCUGAAGCAAAAACGGCAGGGUUUGGAGGAGCAACUGGCAAUUGCUUUGUCCAUGCAGGUUGACGAGCCACUACUGCGGCACAGGCUGCAAGAGUUGGAGGCGCAGGUUGCAGCAGCGAAGUGUGAGUUACCAAAGGAUGCAGUUUUGCAAUUGGAGGCUGCUCCAGUUGCAGCAGAACCCGAAGGAGCAGAAACGCCAGAACCAAACCCAGAGACGCAAGAAACUGGCGAGGCAAAAGCAGAUGCUGUGGAAGAGGUCAAAGAAACAGCAGAGGCUGCUCCAGUUGCAGCAGAACCCAAAGCAGCAGAAGCGCCAGAACCAAACCCAGAGACGCAAGAAACUGGCGAGGCAAAAGCAGAUGCCGUGGAAGAGGUCAAAGAAACAGCAGAGGCUGCUCCAGCUGCAGAAGAACCCAAAGCAGCAGAAGCACCAGAACCAAGCCCAGAGACACAAGAAACUGGCGAGGCAAAAGCAGAUGCCGUGGAAGAGGUCAACCAAACAGCAGAGGCUGCUCCAGUUGCAGCAGAACCCAAAGCAGCAGAAGCGCCAGAACCAAGCCCAGAGACACAAGAAACUGGCGAGGCAAAAGCAGAUGCCGUGGAAGAGGUCAACCAAACAGCAGAGGCUGCUCCAGUUGCAGCAGAACCCAAAGCAGCAGAAGCGCCAGAACCAAGCCCAGAGACGCAAGAAACUGGCGAGGCAAAAGCAGAUGCCGUGGAAGAGGUCAACCAAACAGCAGAGGCUGCUCCAGUUGCAGCAGAACCCAAAGCAGCAGAAGCGCCAGAACCAAGCCCAGAGACGCAAGAAACUGGCGAGGCAAAAGCAGAUGCCGUGGAAGAGGUCAACCAAACAGCAGAGGCGAGCUAUGUCAUGUGGCGGCGGAGCCAGAUGGAUGACGCUGCAAAGGCAAGUAAUGCAGGCGCUGUUGCCAAAAGCGGUUCCACGAAUGCCUUAGCUGCAGCCAGUGCCAAGCAGUUUGGGUUGCCAGCGCCGCCUCCAAGCUCGAUGUCCAAAUCCUCCCCCGCGGUGGCGCCCUGGCACCGCUCCGCGCCGCUGCCGGCGCCGCCGACUUCGGCGGCGCCCUGGCAGAAGCCGGCGGCGCUGCCGGCGCCGCCCAAGGCGCAGUGGCCUGGGGCGCCUGGGGCGCCUGGAACGGUAGAUCCGGCUGCCGGCGUUUUGGGUACCACUGCUGGUACUUUCACAGUGGCAAAAAGCCUUCCUGUGCCGGCCGCAAGCCCUGCGACGAUUAGUGAAUAUAGAAGAAGAUUGGUGACUAUCUAUUCCCUUCGCAAUCCCAGCAAUUUGGCAAAGGUGGACUACCUGCUUGACAAAUACAAGGGCCGGGAGGACCUUCUGUACACAAGUGUUCGUACCAAGUAUCAGAUACCGGAGACCUGGGAUGGACGGCAGCCCUUGAUCUACCCUGGAUCCCGGGAGAAUGCCACAGCAGCGACCUCCACAGUCGAAAAGCUCAAGGUGGCACCGCCUGCUGCUUCUCCAGAAAAGCCCAAGGCGGCCCCGGUGGCCCCAUCAAAAGUCGCUCCUUGGGAGCUGCUGAAGGCAAAUUCUUCAAAAGCUCCUGAAGGCGACGGCAAGCCACCAUGGGCUCGAAAGGCCAAGCGGAAAGCGGAGGUGGUAGAAGCUGCAGCGGAACCCAAGGUCGAGGAGUUGGAGGCCAUCAGUGAAGCCUUGGCAGCCCUGCAGACUCUCACUGAGGAUAUGGGUGACGGUGGUGAUGGCAGUGUCCCAUCUAAGCCUUUGAAAGCUCCUGCAGAAGAGCCACCGGAGGAGAAGACGGACCCACUAAAAGAUGAGAGCCAGAAAGCACCGCAGCCAGAGGAUACGCCAAAGCCUGCAGAGCCUAGCGCUGAGGAGGUCAGACCGCCGGAAGCCACGACAGCGUCUGCGCCAGAGCCGGAGCCGGCUCCACCGGAGUCGGCUCCUGCGGCUUCCGCGGAGCCGCGGAUGCGACGGCCGCCCACACCUCCAAGACCCAGACGGAAGCUGCCGCGGUCAGAGGCAGAGGCGCUCGACAUCGCAGCAGUUGGAUAG